CACAUGAUGGAGCUCGCGGGAGAUGCUUAUUGAUUCACCUAUUUAUACCUUUAUCAUUUUUAACCUGCCUUUGAUUUUUUUUGUAAAGCAUAUUUUACUAGGCACGUUCUUCUAAUUUUUUUCUUCCUUGAAUCGAUUUCAGUCCUUUUCAUACAAAAUGCCUGCUAGCAUCUGAAAAGGCUGGUGCCUUUGAGUCGAUGGCGCAGAGGCCCCACUGACAGGACAAUAACCCACAAAGACGCGACCUGGUACUGUCCUGACUGGCAGUGUAGACCGAGGGCUAAAGGAGAAGACCAUGACGAGGAAGCCGAUGCCAUUGAGUUCACCACAGGGGGCACUGCGCUGUCCGUCACAAACCCCCUAAGGGCCCCCAGAGCCCAGCCCAUGAAGUCCCUGCAUGAGCUCAGCACGUCUGCUCUGGAUGGGGCCCAGUCCAUAUGAAUUGACAUGGAUGAUGAAGAUGGCACCUGUUUGCUUGAUGUUUUGUGUGAUCCCCAAGCCUUGAAUGACUUCCUCCACGGAACCAAUGAGCUGGAGAGUGGGGACCUGCUCAUUAACCCCUCCGAAUCUGACCCCUCCCUCUUUGCAGACAGCACAAGCCCGGUCUCCCUGCUGGCAGAUGACCCCCCAUCCCAAGACGCCCCACCUCCUGGCUGUGUGGACCUGUCCUUCCUGGAGGAGGCGCUGCUGGGGUCCCCUGAAGGGAGCCGGGCUCCAGUGGAGCAGGACAGGGAGCAGGAUGGAGGGGUGUCAGGAGAGGCGGAGGAGGAGGAGGCCUGUGAUAUUCUGCGGCAGAGCUUGCAGGAGGCCGACAUCACCGAGCAGACUCUGGCCCAGGAGGCGGGGCUGGCCCAGUCUGGCGAGUCCCUGCAGUACCCUGCAGGCACCCUGCUGUCCGCACCUCCUCACUUCCUGCCCAAGCCACUGACCGCCCAAAACCUGGUGCCAAAAGACACUCAAGUAGCUGUGGAGCCGCCCCAACCGUCUCUGCUAGCUGUGGGGCCUGGAUGUCCUUCUCUGAAACCCACUGCCCCUCAGCUCAUGGGUCUACUCCCAGGCACUGUCUUCCCUGCCCCGACCUCCGAGCCCUCCUUCUCCCUUAACCCAACUCAGGCGUCUGGCAUGCUGAUCCAGAAGGCCCUGCCCAGUGUGAAUGGGCGUCCUCUCUUCACUGCCCCGGCGCUCAGAGCCAGUCCCACCCCUGGCAUUCUGCUCCCCAGGGCCCCCCUGCCUAUCCAGCCCAAGCUGCCAGUCAGUAUCCAACCCCGACUGGUCCAGAUCAGCCCCAAGCUCCCUGGCCAGAAGACUUCUCCAGGCUUAACUUUUGUUUCUGGAACAUCCUCCCCUAAUAUCCUGCUGUCCACCGCCCCCAGUGCCAAGCAGCCACCCCCGCCCUCUCAGGGCUUGAGCAAGCCUCUCAGCCUGCAGCUGCUCAACCAGACGGGCAGCAUUGUUAUCCAGCAGCAGGGCAUCUUCCCAGCACCCAACCAGUUCAUCCUGCCAGGACAGCCCCCUGUUCAUGGGCCCCAGCCGCCCAGCACAGCCCGCCAACUCCUGAGCACAGCAGGCCCUGCCGGUCAAGCAGUCAGACAUGGACCCUCUGGUCAGCUGGUUGAUGGUGCCCAGAUUCUGACCUCACCUCCUGGGCAGCUGAAUUUUAGCCCUGUAUUCACGACACCCACUGGCCAGCUUGCUGUCAGACAGGGCACCAUUCUCUCUGGACCUCUGCAACUGCAGCCUACCGCCCCUGCAAUUUUUCAGAUGCCAGCCCACCUAGCUGGGGCCUUUGCCUCUCAGGCCCCAGGUCAGAGAGGCACCCUGCUCCACAGCACCACCUUGGGGAACCAAAUCACUGUUCUCAACAGUCAGGGGGUUUUGGGUCCAACUGUUAGUGUCCAGCACAAUACACCUCCAGAUCUGGCUUCAGUGUCCAUUGUGAAUGGCCCAUCGGUAGUGCAAGGUCUACCCUUUGUGUCUCAAGGCCAGCGAGCAGCUCUUACAGGAGCUGAGGGCUCUUCCAGCCUUCAAUCCCCUGCCCUGCUGCUCCCAGAGAGGCCCAGGGAGGAAGAAGGAGUCCAAGAAGUGGAAGGAGUCUCUUCUGAGGAGCAGCUAAUUCACCUGCCUCAGACUCAAGAGCAAGAGCCAGCCCAACUCCAGCCAGCCGUUCCUGUUCAAGCCCAGGCUACGCCCCAGCCAGAGCUGCAGCUCCUCACCUCCAUGGUUGUGCAGCCCCAGGUCGUGACCUCGCUCCCAGCCCACGCUGCCUUGCAGCUUCAGGACCAGCCCACGCUUCUCCGGAAGGACAGCCUGGCUCCAGAGCCUGAAAGCCAGCUCGGCCUGGAAGAGGGGCGCAGUGUCACCCCGCUGAAACAGCUCUUCGUCCAUCAUCUGCAGCAGCAGGUUCUACAGUUGCCAUCCCCACCUGCCACAAGCCACACCACAGGCUCUUCACCCGCUGCCCAGGCGGUCACCCUCCCAUCCCCUCUGGGAAGUGCUGCUGCCCCCAAUGUGCACUUAACAGGGCAGGCUGUCGCCCUCUCCUCUCCAUUAACCAAUGCGACUCAGGCGACUCCACCUACGAACCCGGGGAGUGGACAUACGGGAACUCUAUGCUCGCCUCUGAUAGGGCAGACCUCUCAGAGUGCACCCCCAGUGAGCUUCUCCUCACCGCCCAGUGGACAGACAGUGACACUAGCAGUGUCAGGACCCGGCCAGGGACAGGUGGUGCCGCCCUUGUCUCCAGUGCCCAGACCCCUGAAAUCAGCAACUCUUGGACGGGUCUUAACACCAGGGGGCGCUGUAUCCUGUCCGUUACCCACUAGUCCACCCACGCAGCAGCCAGCAUCCUUGUCCAUACCAGGCAAGCCUACAUCAGGGCUUCGGAGCCAGACGGACCCUGUGCCUCACCCCAGGAUGAUUAACAAGCCUGCCGCUGUGCUGGCUGUGGAUGGGAAACUGCUGACCCUGGGGCUCCGGCCUGCCUCCCCGAAAGUUCAGGGGCCUCCGGUUCAGGGGCCACUCAUUCAGACACUGCUGCAGCCACAGCCACCAGUCCAGACAGGGAGCGUGGAGAGACCAGUGAAUACUCUGCUCAGGAGACAAAGGUUCCAGCAGCAGAUCUGCUCGGAUCACAGUUCCGUGAUGGACCCCGAUGUCAGCACUCCCUUUGUCUCCCUGGAGGACAGCCUGAGCCGCUUGCUCCCCUAUCACACCUGCGUGGGGGUGCUGCCUAGCACCGAGGACUUUUAUAGAGUGGACGAGCAGUUUGAAGUGGUGUCCAGUCUGCUGUUGAAACGCACUCAGGACAUGCUCAACAAGUACCGCCAGCUGCUGCUUCAGGAGGCACAGCAGGUGAGUCCAUCGGCAGAGAUGGUGAUGCUGGAGCGUCUCUUCCUGCAAGAUGAGAGGGCAGCACUGAGUGAGGAAAAGAGGAUAGCCAAACUGGACCCAGAAUCCUUCAUUGCCUCCCUGUACAAACCUGGGGUCCAGUCCAGGUCUCCAGUGGCCCAGUCUCCUCCCUUGAAGGGGAGCAGCUCGUCUCCACCGUGGGCGAUGCUUUCCAAUCGUCCCCCCGGCCUCAAGACCUACCGAUCCAGUAGCCGAGGAGGCCUCAAACUGACCAUUAAGCACGAGGCCGGCUCCAGGAAGGUGGUUCACAACUCUGCCUGUGAGUCCAGGGGUGAGGCUGUUUCCUGUGCCUCUGCUGUCCCUGCUGGGAAAAACCAGGAAUGCGGGGAGCUUACCAAUGGGAACUCAUCCCGGGGCCUGGAUUUUAGGGAAUCCCCGCAGGGCGUGACCGAGUCCCCUUCGGGUGUCUCCAAACAAGAGCCUCAAACGUUCAGCGGCGGGUUCGCUGGGACACAGGCAGCCGAGAACCCGGGUGGCCCAGAGGAGUCGCCCCUCACCGACACCGAGCCGUGUCCACCGGCUGCCAAACGUGCGCGGCCCGGUCCCGCGGAGGAGCCCAGCACCUCGCCAGAGGACAGCGCGCUCAGCGAGCACCUCCAGAGCGCCAUCGACAGCAUCCUGGAGCUGCAGAGGCUGCAGGGACCCCUGGCCUCCGGGCCCCGCUGCCCAACCUCCCCCCAGGACAAGCAGGAAGCACGGGCGUCCUCCGCCCUGGAGGAGGCAGUCAACAGCAUCCUGGAUGAACAGGUGUAGCGUUUGUGUGUGAAUGUGAGGGUACGGGCAGUGGGGGAGGGGGAGCGGGGGCAAUUAGACAACGAAUGAGUGAAAAGGAGAUAUUUGACAGCACCGAGUUAGCGAUCUUGAAAGAAAACCUUUUCUAUUUUGUUGGAAAAAAGCUUCUUGGACCUAUAAAUUAUUCAAAUAUAAGAAGAUAUGUUUGAAUUUCAGUGACGGUCAAUCUUGUCCUAUGCUUCAAGUAAAUUAUGUUCACAGGUUAUUGCAGGUUGCCAUGGUUGUUAAUGUAUAUUGAUGUCUGAAACAUUCAUUCUUUUCAUAUUUGGAAGGAGACCUUUUUUAAGUCCCAAAUGAAUAGACAAAUUGCAAAAAAGCAAAUUUGCAAGAGGGGCGUCCUGCCAUUCAAUUAAGCACUGAAUGAUCCACUGUUCCAGGAACGUUUACUGCAGAAUUUAUUUAAAAGCUUUAUUAUGCUGUAAUUACUGUAAAAUAUCACUCAAACAGCUUAGCUUCCCAAUCAGUAUGUUUUAAUUUGACAGUUGAAAACUUGUCUUUUUUGGGAAUUGAAUGCAGAGACAGAAGUUUGGUGGCAGACGUUUUGAAUCCCUAUUUUAACAAUUUCUACAUGGCAACCACUUGCUUUUCAAAAUUUUUAAUGUUUUAAAAUUAUUUUUUAUAAAUGUUUUACCAUCUCUUAACGUUGUUUGGAAUUAAAUAUCAACACAGCUCUUUCACUUAUAGAACUUUUAUAUGUUCUCCUGAAAAUAAAUGCCAAAAAAGCACUUAAUACACUACAAAAAAGUGGGACUAUCCAUGUAGCUAAGAGAUUAAUGCUUUCAGUAUGGAAUUCCCUCAUUUGACUUUUCAUCAGACGGCUCGGAGUGUAGGUCCAAUUCACUACAGGAAUAUUGCCAUCAUAGUGCAUUGAAUCUCACCACUCGGAGUCUGUUUGCACUUUGGAAUAUGAGAUGAUGAAGUAACUAAAAAAAACUUUAACUGGGUCAAAAACCUGAGUCUACACUUACCUUUUGAACUCUAAUUGAUGUUAAAUGUAAAGACGUCUAAAUUAUGUGAAAGUAUUUUACUUCUAAGACAAUACGGUUUUGGCUCACAAGGGAAGUCCAUACUGUAAUGCAAAAUUUAAAUGAAAUUGAAGCAAAUGAUCAAAAUACCUUCCAGUGUUUGUAACUUGGUUCUUAGAGCAGCAGGUAGAGCACUUCACAACCAUUUUCCUAUGUGGAAAAAGGCCUGUUGUGACUUCUGUGACUUGGAAUGACACUGAUAGUUUGUCCUAUUAAUAUGGGAGAAAUCAACAGAGUGUGCAUGAGAAAAUGACCAUAUUUUAUUAUGCAUCUGCUAAGAAACUGAAAGUUUCUUUACCAUUCUGCUCCCAGUGUCAAAUUGCUGAUGCCACUGAUGUUUGAAUGCAUUUAUUUUGAAUUUAUCAGGCUUUUUUCAUUUACUCUAAAUGACAAAAUGAAAAUGUUUUGAAGUGCAGCUUUUCUUUCUUAUAGUUUUACUAAAACACUCUGCCUCUUUGAAGUCAGAGAAAUGGUGGGGAAUGUUUUGUGUUGAUUUCAUUUACAGUCAAGACUGUUCUAAUGCAUUUGUGUUGUGUUGCAGGAAUGUGGGGUGAAUGUGCUAGUUUGUGGUGAAUUGAGAUCUGAUGUCUGCUUAUCUACUUUGAUAUAUUUUUUUCCAGCUGCCAAUCAGGGAGGAAUAUGAAAUGGACCACCCCUUUUUCCAAAAGUCACAGAGAGAAAUGGAAAUGAAGGAAAUACACCAGUCUAGUUUUGUUAUAAUGUAAAAUAAUGUAAUCUGCUUACAUUAGGGGACAGUUUCAGUGACAACAUCUCAAAAAAUGUUUUAAAUGGAAACCUACAAAAGGUGUCUCUGUGGUCUGUUUCUGAAGAUACAUUGGGAGCAGAGCUUCUUCCUAUCUGCGGAGGAAUUAAUUAGGAAAUAUUUAAGAGUUUCAUCCUUUCAGUAAUGGUUGGGAACAGUCACUGUGGUGAAGGCGUAACAGUAGUGUAAUGGCUGUUCUGUUGGUCUUUCCAUUGUAGACUUGAGCUCUGGAAGCAGUGAGAUUGGAACUUCUGAAUCAAACUGAAGAGCAGUGACUUGAUUUUGCAUACUGUAGGUGUGUGUGUUCCUGGGUGUUGAAUGUGUGAAUAUUCAGGGGAGUGAAAUGGACUUGGACCAUUCCAUUUCUGAGAAAACAUAUCAGCAGUGAGUAGAUGUAUACGAUUUGUUUCAGUGCUGUGGAAAUUAGGAAAUUAUGUUUGUUAAUUUGGCAGUUUAACUAGCUGUUAAGAGUCCAAAACAACAGACUCAAGUAUAAUUAAUAUAUGAGGAACAGUCUUAACAUUGAGGCAUUUGAACAUUUAACAAAAGGUGUGCUUUAAUUUAAGUGUUCUGCUUAAUGCUAGUGGUUAAGCUGUUAAUGACAAGAAAAGCUUUUGUCUCAGUUCUAGAUUCCCAUAACAGCUGUUUAACAUUCAUUACAUUUACAGCUACUGUAUUAAACGACACCAGCAAAUAAGAAAUCACAAUUCUUAUUUUUUAGCACGGAGGAAUUUUUAGAAAAUUGUGAAAAUUGUGAAAUUGUAAAAAAAAAAGAUACG